CAGCAGUCCCGUCCGCAGUCUGCCUCAGCACCUUGCCUGCCCGCAAUGCCCUUCGACACUGCCGCUCCGCUCAUCUCAAGAGAACAUCAGAAACUCGGCAAGAGAGGAUAGAGACAAUAGGCUACAUUAGAACGAGCAGUAUUGGAAUAACUAUAACGCUUUUCCAGUGUAUUUAAACCUCUGCGGCUUUAUGAAGCGAAUGGAAAGAGUCCAAGGAUAACAAGAGAAGCAGGGCUCGCUACUGCAGAGACAACCUGCCGGUGGAUCGCUGUCCCCCGGCUGUCGCGGGGCUGCGCGUCAUAUCAAAGGGUUUCGAGGAGCAGCCACUUUUAGACCGACUUCUAAUAACCGUCUUGCAUGGAUGCAUCAUGGCUACGUUACUAUGCAGGGUGCAGUUCUUAGAUGAUACUGAUCCAUUCAACAGCACCAAUUUUCCAGAGCCAACAAGACCUCCUCAAUACACUUUCAGAGAGGAUAUCCCGCUCAUAAAUCAGAUUGCUGGAGUCCACAGGCUUCUCAAAGCCCCACACAAGCUCGAUGACUGUGCCCUUCAGCUGUCCCACAAUGGAAGCUACCUGGACUUGGAGUCCACUCUGGCGGAGCAGCGCGAUGAGUUGGAGGGCUUUCAGGAGGAAGGAGGGAGAGGCAAGAAGCACAGCAUCAUCCUGCGAACACAGCUGUCUGUCAGAGUUCACGCUUGCAUCGGCUAG